AUGAUCGUUCGUCCCAGGCACAGAUUAUAUGGCAAUAUUUCAAAUCAAAUUUCGCUAACGACAACUUCUAACAACGUCACUUCAACAGUUAGCAGUAAUAAACAUGCAGUUUAUUCCAAUGGAACUCAUGAAACACCACAAUUAGAAAUGCUUAGUUACGGAAGAAAAGAAAAGCAAUCGAAAUCAGUAUCCAACAGUAUGGAUAGCAGUAAUGAUAAUUUUGAGGAUUUAAAAGGACGUGUAUCAGGAGAAACAUUAAACCUCAUUAAAUUACUUCAUUCACAACUUAUCAAUGCAGAACUUCACAAGCUGCGAAAACUUCCGGAUGAAAACAAAAGAGAAGAAAUCAUUCAAGUUUCAGGCAAACUUGAAAUCUUGUAA